AAUCACUAAGGUCCCUUCAAACUCUAAAUCCCAUGAAUCUGUUUUGUUUUUUUUUCUUUCAAAAACUAAAUAGUCUCUAUACACACUAUUUUCCAUCUCUGCUGGCAGGUUUAAGGAAAAGAAUUGAUGAAUUUUAGAUAAUGGAGAAGCCUCCAACUAUUGUCAAUUCUCCAGAGUCUACAUCAGAUGCCCAUAUCCAGGUGAAUGGGUCCUUCUUGAAAUCACCUUCAACAGAAGAUGUUUCAGUCUAUGUUUCUCUGCUUAUCUCCAUAUUGGGAACAACUGGCAAUGGACUUGUCAUCUGGUAUCUCAUCUUCUACUUCAAGAAGAACUCUUUUAUUGUCUACAUCCUCCACCUCUCAAUGGCUGACUUAACUUUCCUACUUUGUACUUCUACCAAUACUAUAGUUCACAUGAUUUAUUCCAAGAAUCACUCAAUCAGGCUACAAUUAUUUGACUUCAUCUUCUGCGAGCUGAUUCUGUUUGGCUACAAUACUGGCCUCUACCUCCUGACAGCCAUCAGCGUGGAGAGAUGUCUGUCAGUUCUUUACCCUAUUUGGUAUCAAUGCCAGCGCCCAAAGCACCAAUCUGCAGUGGUCUGCACCUUGCUGUGGGCACUCUCCAUUUUUGUGACCUGGUUAGAAGGCUUUUUCUGUUUUCAGGAUACAUUUCCCAGAUUCCCCUUUAGACCCUGUGCUGUUGUGAAAGUAUUUUUGCUUAUCUUGAACUUUCUUGUGUUUGCCCCUCUCAUGGUCUUCUCAAGCUUGACCCUCUUCAUCAAGGUCAUCUGCAACCUGAAGCACCGCCAGCCGACCAAGCUUUACAUCAUCAUCAUCACUACAGUCAUUCUGUUUCUCGUCUUUGCCAUGCCUUUGAGAGUCUUGCUGAUGUUAUUUGAUUUUCAGGAUGAAAACUAUGAAUUCCUAUCGCUGUUAUUUACAUAUUUGAAUCUGUUAUCUUGUAUUAAUAGUACCAUCAACCCAAUUGUCUAUUUGGUGGUUGGUCGGUUUAGGGGGCAAAAAUCCAAGAAGACCUUGAGAGAUACACUGCAAAGGGUUUUUGAGGAUAAGUUCUGUUCCUCUGAGAGAGAGAAGGCAGCACUCUAAUUUCAGUGCUAUUCAAUGGGGCAGCCUUAAAGGAGCAAGCAGCUCAGAAAAUAAUUACAAGAGUGAUUUGCCUUAAGCAUAGAUAUGACCAUGUCACUCCAAUAGUUCUGUUGCAUCUAUGGUCAUAAAAACACAAACUCCACUGUUUUGCUUUUAAAACUCUUUCCAAAUUUAUUACCUAGUAUUCUUUUUCCACAUGUGGAUAGAUUGCCAGAUCAGCAGUCGUCAGAAAGGAGUUAUGAGUUCAAAUGUAGCCUCAGACUCUUACAAGCUAUGUGACUUUGGGCAGGUCACUUAACCCUGUUUGCCUCAGUUUCUCAUCUAUAAAAUGAGUGGGAGAAUGAAAGGCAAACCCUGUAUUAACUUUUCCAAGGAAACCUCAAAUAGGAUUAGAGUCAGACAUGACUCAAGAGGACUGAAGAAUUCCCUGAAUUUUGUGAUCCAACUUAAACUUGUCCCUCACAUAGGACCUUUUACCACACAUCUCCUAUUUCUGAUAUGUAUUCCUUUGCCUCAUAGGAUCCCUUUCUUUC